UCAUCUUUUCCCUCUAGAAACUACAUAAGACCAAUUACUGUACACGGUGGGAGCUAGAAAUUUUAGACUCAACUACACAUAACUGAGGAACUCAGAAAAAAGAUAGAGAUGCCUGAAUUCUGCGUGACUGGGGGUACUGGGUUCAUAGCAGCUUACCUUAUAAAGGCCUUACUUGAAAAGGGUCACACUGUGAGGACCACUGUGAGAAACCCAGGGGAUGUGGAGAAGGUUGGUUUUCUGAGGGAACUGAGUGGAGCCAAAGACAGACUGAAGAUUUUGAAAGCUGAUCUAUUGCUGGAAGGGAGCUUUGAUGAGGCAGUGAGAGGGGUUGAUGGUGUCUUUCAUACAGCGUCCCCUGUGCUUGUUCCUUAUGAUGACGACGUUCAGGCAAAUUUGAUUGAUCCCUGUAUAAAAGGAACCCUCAAUGUGCUUAACUCCUGCAUAAAAGCAAAUGUGAAACGUGUGGUGCUCACCUCUUCUUGCUCUUCCAUAAGAUACCGUGAUGAUGUUCAACAAGUGUCUCCUCUCAAUGAAUCCCAUUGGAGUGAUCCAGAGUACUGCAAGCGCUAUAACCUGUGGUAUGCAUAUGCAAAGACGUUAGGAGAGAAAGAGGCUUGGAAGAUAGCAAAGGAAAGUGGCAUGGAUCUAGUGGUGGUUAACCCCUCUUUUGUUGUUGGCCCCCUGCUUGCACCACAGCCAACCAGCACACUGCUCAUGAUACUAAGCAUUGUCAAAGGCUUGAAAGGAGAAUAUCCAAACUUGACAGUGGGCUUUGUACACAUAAAUGAUGUGACAGCUGCUCACUUGUUGGCUAUGGAGGAACCCAAGGUAUCUGGAAGGCUUAUUUGUUCAAGCACAGUAGCUCACUGGUCGCAAAUCAUUGAAAUGCUUCGGGCCAAAUAUCCUUGCUAUCCAUAUGAAAGCAAGUGCAGCAACAAAGAAGGAGAUAAUAACCCACAUAGCAUGGACACCACUAAAAUUACUGAGUUGGGAUUUCCUCCAUUCAAAACCCUUGAACAAAUGUUUGAUGACUGCAUCAAAAGCUUUCAAGACAAGGGCUUCCUAUGACUUACGUAAUGAUCUUUGUUGCCUUUCUUGUUCAUGUGAGGUGUCUGCGUCAUAUGAUCUAAAACAAAGAGGCCAUAAACCAAAUAGAAAGAUUUGAACUCUUAUCCUUUUUUAUUUCUUUUUUUGUGGAAACAAUUUGAACUCUAUAUUUUUAUCUAUAUGGGUGCUAUUUCCUUUUCUGUUUUUCCCAAG